UCUCGUUGCAGUGGCGCAUCGGACAAACAACACUUGGAUUCAUCCAGCGAUUCAGAGAUGGAAAGUUCUUUGCUACAGCAAACGCACAUAGCAACCAAUAAUAAUCAUCACCAUCAAGCGCAUCAACACCAAUCGCCCCAUCACCAGCAUCCCGCUGCGCAUGCGCAAUCACAUCAGCCACAAUCACAGCAACAGCAAGCGCAACAAUUAUCCCCGACAACGACGCUCAAUAAUCACCAUCAUCAUCAUCACCAUCACCACCAUGCCGCCGCAGCCGCUGCAGCUGCAGCAGCAGUUGCCGCACAAUUACCGCAAUCGCAUCACACCAGUGCAGCGACGAGUAUGGAACAAACGCAUCAUCAGCACCCGCACAGCUUAAACGCCACACAAUUAGUGGGUCUCUCGCCCACCUCUGUUAGCUCAGGUGGAGGUACGAGUGGCGGCGGCACACUUAGUUCAGCAGCUGUUGCAGCAGCAGCCGCUGCCGCUGCAUCGUCUACGAGUAGUAAAAAUGGUAAUAAUGCUGCUGCAGCAGCAGCCGCAGCGGCUGCGGCUGGACAAAUGGCGCCACUAUCGGUCGCAUAUCCGCACCUGCACAGCGUCAUGGGUUCGAUACCCAUCUACGAUAUGAGCGAAUAUCAGCAUUUAUGAUUCUAGUUGGAAACAUCGGCAGAGUGGAUGACCAACGCAGCAGUGGCGGCGGCUGCGGCGGGGGUCACUCAGCGCACAGCAGUAAAUUCAGAAUCGGAUGCAAGUUCGGCGACGACGGUGACGUCAGCAGCUGCAGCAGCGGCGGCUAUGCGGCAAGAGUUGCAACAAACGACGAAUUUUUACUAUUAAGUGCUUCGGCUAUAACUACAUAGCAGGUACAUAGAUAAAUGGCGGAGGUCACCAGUGAUACGAAAGUUAAUUGCCACCCCAAAAUAAGAGUGUGCGCUUAGAGCUUUGCGUGCUGCACUGACAAAUAGAAUUUGAUUGACAAGCGGAACAGCUGUUUACUUGCAGUUUGCUAACAGAAUGGUCCGAAACGCCGUCGAAAUUUUGGCCGCUAUCCCUGUACGAUGUGAACUGCGCGCAGAAAAGUUAAACAAUUUGAAGUUUCAAGAGGAAAACCUAGAUUCCGACUCUUAUGUACAUACUAUGUAUUUCGUAUUCUGUAUGGUAAAAAAAGAAAGUUGCAUGAAUUUUGUUGGCAAUAUAUCCAAAAAAAUUUAGUAGAUACAAACAAAUUGCAAAUGCAUGCAUCCAUGCAUAGCAAGUAAAUGUAAGAAGUUAUCGUAAUAUGAAGCAACAUGAAAAACUGAAUUUACGAAUAUAAAAUGUGUAAAUGUUAACAAUUGAAAAGCUGUAAAAAUACAUAAUUAGGGUAUUCCCAGAAAGUAUGACAAAAAACAGCACAAACUUCGAAAGUAAACUUUUUUUCAGCUGUCAAAACAUGUACGAAAACUAUUUUACAGAAACAAGUUUUUCGAGUUUAAUGGAAUCACCCAACUGUUUAUGAAUUUAAAUAAAAGAUGUAUUAUAAGCUAUUAAACAAACAUACGAGGACAUAUCGUACCUAUGCUGUACGAGUGGCAUACUACAAAAAUAAAUUUUGCGGGUAGUCUGCAGAAAUGAUCGCAACCUUUUCUUCUAUGUUGUGUAAAAAUUGCAUAGCUGUAUCGAUUAAUCAUUAAAAAAAUGCCUUCUUUUAACAAGGGGAACGUACAUUCAUAUGUAUGUAAACAGUAAGCUUUAAAGCCGUUUUUCUAGAGAUUUUGAUUUUUUUCGGAUU